AUGACCAGCGCUGUCGAAGCUGCGUUGCAGGCUACCUUUCCUCAUCAGGCUCGAGAGAUACGUCUAGCUGCUGGACGUCUGGCGUUCGCCUACGUGGCUCGUCAUUGUCGCAUUGAGCUCGGAGACGAGGCUGUCCGCCCGUUGCGAGCGCGUCUCAGCGCUGUUCUAUCCCUGCAUCGCCGCUGUCUUGAGCCGACCUCUCGCAUCAAGACUAGAGAGACGACGAUCAUCAGCCUCGGAGGCCUGGGAAAGCUCAAGGCUGAAGAGGUACAGCGCGAGGCUCUCCUCGCUCUCGUGCUCGAACUCAAUGGCACUGUCCUCCUCCAAUCGUGUGCCUACCUGCAAAUCACCGGGCUGGCCGCCUACCAUCGCUGCAGCACGUACGCACUUCUCUCCCCGCACUUUGCCGCCAUCAGCCCGCCGAUAGUCGAGCGCAUGACGUCUGCACCGGGCCUUUUCCUCGAGGUGCUCCAGCUCACAAAUCAGAAUCAGGCCAAGUUUCUACAAGCCACCAUCGCGUACACUCUUCCCGUCAUCAUUGCGUCGAAGAACAUCAAGGCCCUUAACCUCAUGGUCAGCGCGCUAGGCACGACAGUACCCAAGCUCUGCCUCGAGCAGGCGCCAGCCAUUCUCAAAAAUUACCUUCUGCUUCAGCCCGAUCAGCGCGACCGCAACAUCGCCACUUACUUGGACACGAUCAAGCGCGCCUCAGACCACGACGUUGCUUUACGCCAGCUGUAUCGCAGCUACAAUGGCGAGAUCUUGGGUCACUUGACUGCCACACUCGGUGAUCCGGAGCGACGCAAGGUUGCCAUCGAAGGGCUGCGUCACAUUGAGCACACGCUCAAGACGCAGCCGCCCUCUUCCGCCUCGAACUCCUCCCCCGCUGAUGCCUCGCGCCGCCCAAAGGCCUUGGGCAGCGAUCUUUCUGCCUUCCUCAAGGAUGAGAUCCUUGGCAUCCUCGCGUGGCUGAACGAUGACCUCAUGUCUGUGAAUGGCAAGAAGUCACCCAGCUUCAAGGCCAUGGUAGCUCGUUCCAUUGGAGUCUUCAUCGACAUCGUAGGCCAGAACAUCAGCCUCGUGGCACCGCAGAUCAUGGCCACCUUGAGCAGUACGCUGCAGGUGCCCGAACUACGCUUGGCCACGCUGCAGAGCUGGCAGACGUUCAUGACUACGCUGAAGUACGAAGAGGCGGGAGGCUUCAUCGGUCAGACAGCGGCUGCGCUGUUGAGCGUGUGGACGCAGUUUACGGGACAAGAGAAGAAGGUGGCCAAGGAGAUUUUGAGGUAUCUCGUGGUGGACAAUGCGAGGGAGAUGAGAGAUCAUAUCGAGGAGAUCCCUAACCUCGAUUGCUUGGCCAACGAGAUGCCUGAGGUGUGCCGCAAGGUUCGCUCUUCACGCGAGUCUUGGACGCCAGAGAAACAGCUCAGCCAGAUCUUGGAUCGCGUCACGGAUGAGAACACGAGCAUUAGCUUGACCUCACUGCGAGAGCUGCACGGCUUCCUGGCGGACCAGCAGGCUUUCAUCCAGCAAGCGGCCUCAGGCUCCGUCUUUGCGCCCAUCAUCGGCAAGCUCGUCGCUGCCUUGCUGAACACGAUGCGUCGCUCGGAAGAGAUGCAAGUAGAGGUGCGCGACCUCUGCCUCGAGUGUCUAGGCAAGCUGGGAGCGGUAGACCCCGAUCGACUGGACAUGGCCAGCGACGACAGCCCGCACAAGCUCCUACAGAACUUUGAGGACCGAGAGGAGACGAUCGACUUUGCCGUGCACCUGAUACGCGAUAUCCUCGUUAGCGCAUUCCGUGCUUCAUCCGACACCAAGCAUCAGGCAGCACUUGCGUACGCUAUUCAGGAGCUGCUCGCCUUCUGCGGCUUCACACCGCUGCUACUGAAGCCGACCGGACGCGCUAUCGCUGUCAAGGUCAGGCAGCGCUGGCAGGAGUUGCCGGCUUCCGUCGUAGAGACCGUAGCGCCGCUGCUCAACUCCAAGUACUCGAUUACGCACGGCCCGCCGACGGAGCAUCCUAAACCAUUCUACAUUCACUCGACGUCGUAUCGCGACUGGAUUGAGAUCUGGGCGAAUCAUCUCAUGCAAGGCGCGAAAGGCGGUGACGCGCAGCGCAUCUUUGGCAUUUUUCGUGUGCUUCUGCGCCAUCAUGACCUCGACAUCACGCAACACAUCCUCCCGCAUGCCGUCUUGCACAACCUCAUUUCCGGCACAGACACUCAACGUCAGGAGCUGCGUGAGGAGUUUGUGUCGGUACUCACGGAUCAGGUGGACCCCACAACGGAGUACUCAAGCGAUCGUCGCCUGCUCUGUGCCCAGACCGUCUUUGCACUCAUGGAUCACCUUUCUGCGUGGCUACGCCUGAAGCGACAAGAGCGAGCGCGUCAGCCCACUCGUCAGCAGCGGCGCGAAGCCGCAGCAGGCAAUGGAGUCGAUGAAGCCCACGCAAAUGUCCAGUCCGUCCUGGACAGCAUCUCUCAAGAGCUCAUGGCCCGCGCUUCCCUCCAAUGUCGCGCCUACGCGCGCUCCCUCCUCAACUUUGAGCUACGCAUCCGCGAGCUCCGCGAAGCAGGCAAAGAGGACCGCGACCUGCAGACGUACUACGAGCAGCUUCACGUGAUCUACGCAGAUAUCGACGAGCCGGAUGGGAUGGAGGGAAUCUCCACGCGUAUCAUUUCCCCUAGCCUGGAGCACCAGAUCCGCGAGCACGAGACCACGGGGAGGUGGACAUCAGCGCAGAGUUGCUGGGAGGUGCAGAUUCAGGGAGAUCCCGGGGAGGCGGCCAAUCAUGUGGGGCUGGUGCGAUGUCUCCGCAACCUUGGCCAUUACGAUACGAUGAGGACGCAUGUCAGAGGGGCAUUGAGUCUCAACCCGCAGUGGGAGGAUAUGCUGGCGCCGUUUGCCAUCGAGGGUGCGUGCAUUCUGGGAGACUGGGAUGAGGCGAGGGAGUUGCUGGAUCGCAGGCCGCGUGAUGGAGAUGACUCGCCACAGGCGGCUACGGCGCGUGUCCUGCUCGAGAUGAGCAGCGGCGAGGAGAGCACUGCCUUUGAGCCUGUCUUGCGCAGUGCCUUCCGCCAGCUUGGCAAGCCGAUCCUCGCCGCCGGUCGCAACUCUUACCCACAAGUCUACGAGUCCAUCCUUCAUCUGCACAUACUUUCCGAGGUCGGCAUGAUUCGCGAGGCCUCGGCAUCUGGCAGCAAAGCAAGUAUGUCCAAGCUGCAAUCACGCCUACAAGCCCGCCUCGACGCCACACUCCCCUCCUUCCGCAUCCGCGAGCCCCUGCUCAGCGUGCGGCGUACUGCUUUCAGCAUCAGCCGCUCUGCAGACGACCGUGCAGUGGCGGAUGCCUGGAUCUCGACUUGCAAGAUCGCCCGCAAGGCCAAGCACACGCAGACGGCAUACAGUGCUGUGCUCCAAGCUCGCGUCAGCGGGGCUCCAUUCGCAUUCGUACAGACGGCCAAGCUCCUCGCUAGCAGCGAUCAGCCCCAUGCUGCCAUACAAGAGCUCAGCAAUGCGCUCCAGAAUCUGCAGCCUGCCUUCGAAGCGUCCAACGCAAGCGUCAUCGACCUUACCGCAGAGGAUGCCAAUUCGCCUGCGGCCACUUUCGAUCGACGCGCCUUUGCCAAUGCGCACCUACUGCGGGCGCGUCUUUGCGAGGAGACGGGUCGCUUUGCCAACAACGACAUCAUUGAGCGCUACAAGAAGUGCACAGAGAUUGAGAAGAACAGCGAGAAGAUGCACUACUAUCUCGGCAGAUUCUACGACGCGAAAGAGGUGGGCAAUUCGCUCACGAUGAAGGCUCACGUUUGUCGCCAAUUCCUCAAGUCUGCCUAUGCGGGCACCAAGUACUUCUACCGCACCAUUCCUCGCGUCCUCACCAUCUGGCUCGACUCUGGGGAUGACCCUUGGCUUCUCAAGAUGGGGGCGAAAGGAGGGACAAACAAGAUGGACCGACAAGCAGAGGGGUACGAGAGAAUGCAAGCCUUCGAGAUCAUCAACAGUAACGUCAAUACAGCUCGGGGGAAGGUGGCUCCGUAUCAAUGGCUCGCUGUCCUCCCACAACUCGUCUCACGCAUUCCGCACAAGAACGACUACGUCUGGGCGAUUCUGCGUCACAUCAUUGCUGGCGUCGUCAAGAGCUACACGCCACAGGCUAUGUGGGGCAUCAUUGCCGCCUUUCACUCGAGUGACAACCUGCGCAGGAAGCGUGCAUUGGACAUUGUCCAGCUGGCAAGAACGAAUGACAAUGCGCGCACCAUCGACUCGUCCCAGCGUCUGGCCAGUGAGCUGCUCAACCUCUGCAAUCAUCCGGCGCCCAAAAAUAGCACGGCUUUUGACAUGCAGCGCGACUUCCCCAGACUGGCCGACCUGGCCAGCUGCAAUCUGAUCCUCCCGCUGCAGAGCUCGAUGACGGUCAACUUGCCAGCCGACAAUGAGCUGCGCCAGGAUCAUCUCCCCUUUCCCGUCGACCUGCCCCGCAUCAAUGGCUGGGACUCGCAGAUCGAGAUCAUGAACUCGCUGCAGAAGCCUCGUAAGAUUGUCGCGUACGGCAGCGAUGGCGGGCGGUAUGCUUUCCUGUGCAAGCCAAAGGACGACUUGCGCAAAGAUGCUCGCCUGAUGGAGUUUGACGCCAUGAUCAACAAGCUCCUUCAAGCCAGCUCAGACUCUCGUAAGCGUCGUCUUCUUGUCCGCACGUACGGCGUUGUUCAGCUCAACGAGGAGUGCGGGCUCAUCGAGUGGGUGCCCAACACGGUCGGACUGCGCAACAUCCUCAUCAAGCUGUAUGGCGCAAGGCGCAUUCCACUCUACGACGGUACGGUGCGCGUUAACAUGGACGAGGCAAGGCAGGCAGGGCGAAAUAGCGGGAAGAUUUUCGAGGACAAGGUGCUCUGCAACUAUCCGCCAGUCUUCCACGAGUGGUUUGUCUCGACCUUCCCUGAGCCGGCGGCGUGGCUCAAAGCAAGGCAUGCAUUUGCGAGGACAUGCGCUGUGAUGAGCAUGGUCGGUUGGGUGUUGGGGCUGGGGGACAGGCACGGCGAGAACAUCUUAUUCGAUUCCAUGUCGGGCGAUACAGUUCACGUCGACCUUAAUUGUCUCUUCGAAAAGGGAGCGACAUUUGAGAUCCCAGAGACGGUACCAUUCCGCCUCACGCAGAAUCUUGUUGAUGCAAUGGGCGUAUGCGGGUACGAGGGCGUAUUCAGGCGAGCCGCUGAGAUCACGAUGGGGAUCCUCCGUAGCAACAAGGACUCGCUCACCAGCGUGCUCGAAGCCAUGGUGCACGACCCUCUCGUCGAGUGGGGCGGCGGAGCGUCGCAAGGGGGCGGUGGUCAUCACACGACGUCACGCAAAGCUCCUCAACAAGCAGCUGCCUCAACUUCAGCAGGCGGUGGCCGGCUCGACCCCCGCGUCUUGGCGGCUCGACAAGCGCUUGACCCUGUAGGACGCAAGCUCGAUGGCUGUCACCGCCCUGCCGGUAUCAAUCCAGCUGCAGCCGCUGCUGCUCAAAUGACUGGUGGGCCAGGAAGCUGGAGUCUGCCUCAGUCGACGCCGAAUCUUGUUGAUCUGCUCAUCAGGGAGGCGACAUCGAGUAGCAAUCUGGCGCGCGUCUACGUGGGUUGGGCUUCUUGGCUGUGA